AUGGACAAUUUUCCACCGGAAGUGCGGCAUAUUUUGGCACCCGCCUUCGGCAUUCUUUGCGCGACGCAACUUACUCAGAUGGCUGAUCGGCUUAUGGAGAUGCACGUCUUUUCCAAGCCGUCUAUUUCAGCGCUCUCAACUCCCUCAUCUCCUCCUGCGUCUCCCAUUUCGCAGUUAGAGAUCGAGCUCAACAAGCUAGCCGAUGAUAUAGCCGCUCUCCAGAAGCCCACAGUUUCUGCCUCAUCUCGGAGCCAACCGCAGCCGUCCACCCCACAUGUCCAGUCUUCUCAUUCAGCCAGUCCAAACGCAGCUGCCACCUGCUGGUACCGCACUACUUUCGGUGUUAAAGCCCGUCGCUGCGUCUCUCCUUGCUCCUUCACUUUCAAGCAGAACAAACGGGUAAAACCGGUCAGCCGGAAGGUCAGUGCAAGCAAUCUUUCCGACAGCUCUAACCCUGGUCGCACAUUUUACGUCCGCGACACCCGGAGUGGCAGACGUUUCUUGGUUGACACUGGUGCCCAGCUAAAUGUCAUUCCACCCACACCAGCUGAUCGUCGGUGCCCCAAUCCCGGUCUUUUCCUACAGGCCGUCAACACAUCGCCGAUUACCACAUUUGGCACCUGUUCCCUCUCUCUGGACAUCGGUCUCCGGCGUCUCUUCCCUUGGGUCUUCGUCGUUGCUGACAUCCCCUGUGCAAUUCUUGGUGCAGAUUUCCUCGCCGCUUUCGAUCUUCUGGUCGACUGCCGUCAGUCACGUCUACACGACAAGACCACCAACCUCACUGUCCGGGGUAUCGUUUCCUCCGACGCCUCCCGUCAUCUUGCCGUCUUGGACCCUGAACCCGAGAAUCAAUUUCGGCAACUCCUCGCCAAAUACCCCGGCCUCACUCGUCCCAACUUCAACGUUUCUAUUCCACCACAUGACGUUGUUCACCACAUUCGGACCACCGGCCCUCCCGUGUUUUCACGCCCACGCCGUCUCGCGCCUACACGUCUUGCUGCCGCCAAGAACGAAUUCGGGCACAUGUUUCAAAUGGACAUCAUCCGCCAGUCUGAAAGCCCAUGGGCCUCACCCCUCCCCAUGGUUCCAAAGGCUGCCACUGGUGACUGGCGCCCCUGCGGUGAUUACAGGGCCCUGAACAACGUUACUGUCCCGGACCGCUAUCCUGUCCCACAUCUUCAUGAUUUUGCCGGUGCCCUAUUCGGCAAGUCUGUAUUCUCGAAGAUCGAUCUGGUCCGUGCUUUCCACCAAAUUCCCAUAGCCCCUGAGGACGUUUCGAAGACGGCCGUUACCACCCCCUUUGGUCUCUUUGAGUUCCUGCGCAUGCCGUUUGGACUUCGCAACGCCUCCCAGACCUUCCAAAGGUUCGUAGACAGAGUGCUUCGCGGCUUACCGUUUGUCUACGCCUAUAUCGACGACCUUCUCGUAGCCAGCUCCACCACCGAAGAACACAUGGAGCAUCUGGCAACGGUGUUUGACCGCCUUCAACAAUUUGGCGUUGUCCUCAACCCGUCAAAGUGCGUCCUCGGUGUGCCCUCCCUAGAAUUUAUCGGUCAUCUGGUCGACUCCCACGGCAUUCGGCCUCUUCCCUCAAAGGUUGCCGCCAUUCGGGACUUUCCACCCCCUACCUCGAAGCGUCAGUUGCAACGGUUUCUUGGUAUGGUGAACUUUUAUCGCCGGUUUCUCCCAAACUGUGCCGACACCAUCCUACCUCUGACCAGUCUCCUCUCUGGUUUUAAGCGCACCUUUGAACUUACAUCAGCCGCACUCACGUCAUUCGAGCAGGUAAAAACCCUUCUGGCUGACGCCACCCUCCUGACUCACUUUCACGCUGAUGCACCCAUAUCUUUGAUGGUCGAUGCCUCCAAUGUUGCUUUUGGCGCGGUUCUUCAACAAAGUCUGCCGGAUUCUACCGUGCCUUUGGCUUUCUUCUCCAAGAAACUGUCCAAGGCCGAAACCCCCUACAGCACAUUCGGACGUGAACUUCUCGCCGCUUAUCUUGCCGUAAGGCACUUCCGGCAUUUACUCGAAGGUCGAGAGUUCACAAUUUUCACUGAUCAUAAGCCACUCACGUUUGCAAUACAUUCCCACUCUGACAAGCUAAGCCCCCGGGAGAUCCGUCACCUGGACCACAUUUCGCAGUUCACUUCAGACAUCCGCCAUAUUGACGGGUCACUGAAUGAGGUGGCUGACGCACUCUCAAGGCCCUCUUUUGCUCAUCUUCAGCUUUCACCCGGGAUAGACCUCGCUGAGAUGGCCGCUGAACAACACCGUGUCGGUCCACCCUGUGAUGAGGAUGUUUCCGGACUCCAACUUCAGGAACUACCACUGAUGACUGGCAACGGCACCAUUUUAUGCGACGUAUCCACCCCUUCCCAUCGUCCAUUUGCGCCACCAUCCCUCCGCCGCAAAGUUUUCUCCUCCCUGCACAAUCUGUCUCACCCCGGGAGUCGAGCAACCGACAAGCUGGUUUCCGACCGCUUCGUCUGGCCUGGAAUGCAUAAGGACCUGAAAGCAUGGACACGGGCGUGUCUCGGCUGUCAACGGAAUAAGGUCCGACGGCAGAACAAAACUCCCAUUGGCACCUUCCCUACUCCGGACGCACGGUUCAGUCAUAUCCACCUGGACAUCGUAGGCCCACUGCCUCUGUCCAAUGGCUGCUCCUAUCCCCUUACCUGCGUGGAUCGAUUCACCCGGUGGCCAGAAGCUAUUCCACUGCCUGAUGUCGCAGAUCCAACGGUCGUCAAGGCUUUCCUCAGUCGUUGGGUUGCCAUUUUCGGUGCUCCCUCCAUUAUCACGACUGACCGUGGUGCCCAAUUUGAAUCUCACCUCUUCCAGUCUUUACUCUCAUUUUAA